AUGGGAACUUUCACCACGACCUAUUUCUUGAAAACCGCCUUCUGGGAUAAGCGAGGAUUGUGGUUGGCCACAAUUGGUGUCGCAUAUUUUGCUCGUUGUUGGGAAAAUGCUGGAUAUCACAAAGUUGAGAUGAUGAAAGGUCAAUCGAAAAUGUAUGCUGAUCGAACCAAACAAGUUCCACAACAAGCCGAUCCAUGGAAAUAUUAG